AUGCCUCCCAAGAAGACCGCCACCCGUGCUCCCCAGGAGAACAUCUCCCUCGGACCCUCCGUUCGCGAUGGCGAGCUGGUCUUCGGCGUUGCCCGUAUCUUCGCCUCCUUCAACGAUACCUUCGUCCACGUCACCGAUCUGAGUGGCCGUGAGACUAUCACCCGUGUUACUGGUGGUAUGAAGGUCAAGGCCGACCGUGACGAGUCCUCCCCCUACGCUGCCAUGUUGGCUGCCCAGGACGUCGCUGCCCGCUGCAAGGAGCUUGGUAUCAACGCUCUUCACAUCAAGAUCCGUGCCACUGGUGGUAACGGUACCAAGACCCCUGGUCCCGGUGCCCAGUCCGCUCUCCGUGCCCUUGCCCGUGCUGGCAUGAAGAUUGGCCGAAUUGAGGACGUUACCCCUACUCCUUCCGACUCUACCCGCAGAAAGGGUGGUCGCCGUGGUCGUCGUCUCUGA